GUCUCCAGAUGCUGAGCCCCCGCGCGCUGGCCGGGCUGGGCAUCGCGCAUUUCGCCGGGGCGUUCCUGGGCCAUUUCGCGGCGCAGCCCGCCCCCCUGGUGCCGGAGGAGGCGCCUGGGACCAGCCCCGCGGAGGCGGGGGUGGACAGCGGCGCCGCGGCGUCGCGGGACCUCCAGCAGGUGCUCGGCACGCUGCAGGAGGCGCUGGGCGACUGCCUGGCUUCGCGGGCGCCUGUGUGCCCGAGCCCCUGCCCCGAGUGCCGCUGCGACUGCGGGACCGGGGCUUCGGCGUCGCCAGGCUGGUGGCGCGCGGCCCUUGAGCUCGUGGUGGGGGCCGCCGUGCUCCUCGCCGUCGAGUUCUUCCGCGGGCUGCUGGGCUGGGCCCGCCGGGCCAUCUCCUGCGCGCGGCCAGUAUCGAUGAAUGUUGGGGACGAGAUUUGGGUUGAGUACGAUGUCGAUCCUCCCCUUCUUCAUGCUCGGCUUCUUCUGGUGGGCUCGUAUCGCACCCCGGGCGCCUUCUCUGUGCUCACUCCCGACAUGGACGUGUAUGUCGAGGAGUACACGCCCGCGAACACCGACCUGCGGGGAUACUACCUCAAGCAGCCUCGAGGUGUCGGAGCCCUGGCGGUGGCAGCGCCUGGGGGACGAGGGCACUAUGACUUCGCCCACCUCCCGACCGCGCCGCAGAUGGUCGGGGUGCUCCAGGAGGCGCAGGUGGCCAUGGCGUGUUUCGAGGGCGGCGGCGCAGGAGGCGGGGGUGCAGGCGGCGGGGCUGCUGGAGGGCUGCUGGGUGGGGGCGCGGCCGCGGGCCUGCCCGCCGCCCUGGGCGGUGGCGGAGCCGCCGCCGGCGCAGCACCCCUUGCCCUGCAGGGGCCCGGCGGGGCCGGCGCCGCGGGCGCCCUUGGCGCGGCAGCCGGCGCGGGCGGCGCCGCGGGCGUGGCCCCUGCCGGCGCCUUGGUCGCCGCGGGCGAAGGGGCCCCUGCCGCUGCCGCGCCUGCCCCCGCCGCGGGCGGCUUGGCUGGCCUCGCCGCCGCGCUGUGGGGACCCCCUGGUGCAGUCGAAGGCGAUGGCGCUGGAGCUGCUGUGGGGGGCGAGCGAGGCGGGGACGAUCUACGGACCCUUGCUGUGCGGUAUGAUCGACAGGGGUUGCGAUAUCGAGAGUUUCGGGAAGCUGUUCAGAGCAACCGAUCCACCAGCUUUCCUGACUGGCCCGUCCCAGGGCCGCGUACCUUCCAGUGCGUGGCGGAGUACCAGAUGGAGCACGGGGGCACCCCCAUGGGCCACCACGUGGCGUGGAAGGCGUCGCUGGGGGCCUCCGUCGGGCCCGAUGACCCCGUGGUGCACCUGCACGCGGAGUUUAGCAAGCUCAUGCAGACCAUGUGCACCUACGACCAGCUGGACGGCGCCAACCUCGCAUGCGGCGAGCUGGUGGCCCGCCAACUCCAGCUGUGCGAGGAGAAGUACAAGGGCAAGAUAUCGUCACAGCGGGGGGGAGGCGGGCUCCAGCAGGACGAAGGGUACUUCUUCACCGACAUGGGCUCGACGAGAGGCCCCAUGGUCAGUCCAGAGCUCACCAAGUGGGUGGCGGAGCGCCUGCAGGCCGAGAGCAGCAUCGCGAAGGAGCGCCGCAAGGCGCGUGAGGAGCGGCAGCUUGCCGCGCCCAGCGGCGGAGGACGCAGCGGCAGCCGCCCACGUCGUGCCUCAGUUUUGCAGCACAUGGCGCUCGAGCACAUCCGGGAGCAGUACACCACUUUCCCGGGGCCGCCUGAGGACGUGCGCCCCCGCGGGAGCCUUCGCGAGCUCUGCGGCGCCUGCCCCAUGUACGGUAUGGAGCGGGCGGAUUUGGCAUCCUACAGCGAGGACAGAAUUUCCUGGCCUGCAGAGGGGGCGGCUCCUGUGUCCCUCGAGUCCGCCCUCCAGCCGGCCGACGCGGCGCGGCUGUCGGAUUGGGAGGCCAACGUGCUUCGAAGCCCGGAGGAGGCUGCUCAGCUUCGCGCUGAAUUGGGACUACGUGCUCCUUACUCUGAUCCUGGGCUGCGAGACCCCAAGGUGUACGGACGGUUUCUUGAGCAGCUGCACCGUCGUGGCAUGCUCCAGUUUUGCAAGUGGGAUGGCAAGGCCCCGGCUUCGGGUGCCUUCACGGUUCGCAAGAAGGGGGGCCGCCAGAGGCUCAUCUUCGACACCAGGCUGGUCAACCUGCACUUUCGACAGGCGCCUGCUACCGAGCUGCCGUCGGCCGCAUCCUUCUCUCGUUUGGAGAGUGAGGCCACCACCCCGCUGUACUUCGCCUGCGGGGACAUCGAGAACGCUUUCUACGCGAUGCGGAUCCCAGCAGGCUUGUGUUCCUUCUUCAAGCUCGGGCGGGUCCGCGCGGGCAUGGUGGGGAUCACUUCUCUGGACGGCGCAGCGGUGGAUUGUGGCGAGUGGCUCACCCCUCAGCUCACCAUCCUGCCCAUGGGUUGGAGCUGGGCCAUGCACCUGUGUCAGAUGGUCACGGAGUCCGCCCUGGCGCGGGCGGGUGUGCCAGUCUCACGGCACGUCCGAGAUCGCAGCGAGGGGCUGGUGCUGGGGGAGCAGGACGGCCUGGGUGCCGCCGCCUACGUGGACAACUUUUUGGUGCUCGGCGCCAGCCAGUCGGAGGUCGACGCCACCGCGGCGCGUGUGGAGUCGGAGCUGGUCAACCUCGGCUUCUCAGUGCACGAGCAGCAGCGGGCCAGCAAGAGGUGCUCGUUCGUGGGGCUGGAGCUGCGCGGGGCGUCGCACUGCGCCCGCGUGUGCCCGAAGCGCCUUUGGCGAGUGCGCUAUGCGAUCGACGAGCUGCUGGCCCGGGGGUCCGGGCGGGGGGAGAUCGUGGAGGUCCUCCUCGGGCACUGCACCUGGAUCAUGCUGCUGCGCUGGCCGUCGCUCGCCAUCUUCGACGCGAGCUACCGCUUCUGCCAGGCUGCGCGGGACGAGGCCCUCCCCCUGUGGGCCUCGGUGCGCUGGGAGCUCCGCGCGCUGCGGAACUUGCUGCCGUUGCUCUCCGCGCACCUGGCAGCCCCGUGGCAUGCGGAGGUCUCCGCCUCCGAUGCCUCGCCGUGGGGCGGCGGAGUCUGCGUCCGACAGGCUAGCUGCAGCGCCGCCGCCUCGCUGGGGCGGACCGUGGAGCGCUGGCGGCACCACUUCGACGAGGCCAUCACCGCCCGCGCGCACGCGCUCGAGGGCGAGGGGGUGGCCACCAUGCUGCGGCGGCCCGCGGCGCUGCCGAGCGAGGCGGCGAAGGACCUGGACAAGCAGUUCGGCGAGGCGCCGGCGUCCUUCAUGCAGGACCCCAGCUGGAAGAUUGCAAUGUCCUUCCCGUGGCGGGACAAGCACGACAUCUACUACACAGAGGGGCUGGCCGUAUCCACCUCGCUGCGGCGCGCGCUGCGAUCGCGGGGCGCCUUCGGGCACCGCCUGGUGCUUCUGGUGGACAACCUGUCUCUGGCUCUGGCUGCCGGCAAGGGCCGAGGUUCGGCGGCGCAGCUCCGCAGCGUGCUGCGCGAGCUCUGCGCGCUGGCGCUGGCCUGCCGCCUGCAGCUGCACGCGCGGUGGGUCCCGAGCGAGCUCAAACCUGCCGACCGCCCGUCCCGCGGCUACCUGUACAUCGACACGCAGAAGCGGGAGGCGGCCGCGGCGACGAAGGUGGCGCUGGAGCCGGGGUUGACCUAUCUGGAGCAAAGGUCGAUCUCGAAGCCCGUGCUGGCCGACUACCGCAGGGGCUCGGCGGAGCUCGACUCCGUGCUCGUGGAAUACUUCAACCUGCUCUACUUCCAAGGGCACAGCGGGGACGAUGCGUCCAAGCUGCUGGCCGCGGUGAAGUUCUUUGUGGCGAACCUGAGCCGGUGGGGGACGGAGAGCCUCCCUCGCUGCUCCCGGGCCCUGGCAGGCUGGGGCCAGUGCGCCCCGCGGCGCUCGCGCCAGCCCCUCCCGUGGCUGGUGGUGGCCGCGUUGGCCGGCGUGCUCCUGCGGUGGCAGCUGGUGGAGCACGUCGUGGCGAUGAUCCUGAGCUUCAGCACCUACAUGAGGCCCGGGGAGGCGGACUCCCUCGUCGGGCUGCAGGUCGUCGAGGGCGUCGCGGAGGGCAGCGGCAACGGCGGCGUCGUGGCGCUGGUGCUCUUCCCGGAGGAGAUGGGGGUGCCCAGCAAGACGGGCAUGUGGGACAUGACAGUGCCUCUGGACACUUUCCGCUUCCUCGGCCCGUCGCUCCUCGCCUUGAAGAGGCGAUGCCGGACGCUGAAGGACCGACUGUGGAGGUGCCCCCCAGGCGACCUCGGACAGAAGAUGCGCGCGGCCGCGGAGGAGCUCGGCCUUGCCCUGGCCUCUCCAUAUCAGCUGCGGCACGGCGGGGCCUCCGACGACCUCGUGGCGCGCCGGCGGACCGCCCUGGAGAUCCAGGCGCGAGGGGGCUGGGCGAGCCCGCAGUCGUUCCUGCGGUACGCCAAGCCCGGGCGGAUCCUGGCGGAGAUGGCGAAGCUUCCCGCCGGGGUCCUGGACUUCGGCCGGGCGGUCGACGCGGCGCUGGCCGAGAUCUUCCUGAGGGGG